AACAUUUAGAAAAAAUUUCAACAGACAAUAACAAAAAUGGCGGAUUUGAAAAAUCCAGAAAUUUUAGAAAAUCAUGACUUUAAUGUACAAAUACCUUUACGAAGACUUUCAAAUGGAGAAAUAUUGAAUAAUAUGUCUGUAAAUGAAACUAAUGGAGACAAGAAUGGACAUGGAGAAAGCGAUGUUCCUGAUUUGGGAGAUCACUACCUUGUUCGAAGAUCUGAUGGAACUUGGCAUGCAGCAGAGAUAAUACAAACUAGACUUACUGACAUGGUGGAAGGCAAACAUGAAUUUUAUGUACACUAUGAAGGAUUUAACAGAAGACUGGAUGAAUGGGUAACCAUGACUAGAUUUGAUCUCAACAACAAACUUGAGGACCAUUGUAAAAUAAAGGAUGUUUCUAUCACAAUGACAGAUCUCACAGACGAUCGUAAGAUAACAAGAAACCAGAAAAGGAAACAUGAUGAAAUCAAUCAUGUUCAAAAGACCUAUGCCGAGAUGGACCCUACUACAGCUGCACUAGAGAAAGAACAUGAAGCUAUAACAAAAGUGAAAUAUAUAGAUAAGAUCCAGAUUGGUAGAUAUGAGAUAGAUGCUUGGUACUUUUCUCCCUACCCUGAGGAGUAUGGUAAACAGUCCAAGCUCUGGGUCUGUGAAUAUUGUCUUAAAUACAUGAAGUUAGAGAAAUCAUACAGAUAUCACCAGACACAAUGUAUUUUCCGACAUCCACCUGGCAAGGAAAUCUAUAGAAAAGGUACUAUAUCAGUGUUUGAAGUGGAUGGAAAAGAAAGCAAGAUUUAUUGUCAGAAUCUGUGUUUAAUGGCUAAACUGUUUCUGGACCACAAGACAUUAUAUUUUGAUGUGGAACCAUUUAUGUUUUACAUACUGACAGAGGUUGACCGGUUUGGAUGUCACCUAGUUGGUUAUUUCUCCAAGGAAAAGGAAUCACCUGAUGGGAACAAUGUUGCUUGUAUUUUAACCUUACCUCCAUUUCAAAGGAAAGGUUAUGGGAAAUUUCUGAUAGCAUUCAGCUAUGAGUUAUCCAAGUUAGAAGGCUCAGUAGGGUCUCCAGAAAAGCCAUUGUCAGACCUGGGUAAACUUAGUUACAGAAGCUACUGGUCAUGGGUACUGUUAGAAAUACUCAGGGAUUUUAGAGGAACCCUGUCAGUUAGGGAUUUGAGCCAGAUGACCAGUAUCACACAGCAUGACAUCAUAAGCACACUACAAUCAAUGAACAUGGUCAAGUAUUGGAAGGGACAACACGUCAUUUGUGUCACACCAAAACUUGUCGAAGAGCAUCUCAAAAGUGCACAAUACAAACGUCCUGUUCUUCCUGUAGACAAUGGCUGCCUUCGAUGGGAUCCGCUAAAAAGACCCGCUAAAAUGAUCAAGAAAUGAGCAUUGCUGUACAGCUAUACACAAUAAAAACAGAAAGAUACCAGUCUGUCUCACUGGCAUUCAAACAAAAGAGAUACCUAGAGAGUUCAAUGACUGUUCAAUCAAGUGGAAUGGAUCAGUGUUUUAAUAAUCAGUUUUUAUUUUGCUAUAAAUGAAGAUUUAGUGUUGUAAAAACCUUGAAAAUGAUUCUGUGAUCGAUAUUUUACUUAAAAACAUCUUAUAAAAAAGUUUGACAUAUUUAAUUGAUUUUUAUGCAGUAAAAUCAUUUGGUAUCUGUUUAAAAAUUAUUGUAAAGGAAUUUUUUUUAUAAUUAUUCACAUGUUAUAGAAAAAAAUGUUCCCAGGUUUGCAAAGCCAUUGUCUUUCCUAGAUUCUCAUUCACUAUUAAAAAUGUUAACACAAAUAAAUUCAAUAUUUUAGAAACCUUGAAGAGAAAUCAUGAAAAAUAUAAUUGAAUUUAAGCACAGGUAUUGAUAAUUUAAAAAAAGAAAAUAUGUUUCUGAUGUUUGACUUCAAAACUUUUCCCCCAGAAUAUUCUGAAAUUAGUAUGUUACUUUGAUGAAUAUUGAAACAAACAGUUAACUUGAGGUACAUGUGUAUGAUUUAAUUGGAUAUUAAUUUGUAUUCAACAAUGUAUAGACGUUCCUUUUAUUGUUAUAUCAUAACAGAGUAUGCUUAUUCACAGUAAACACUUCAUAAUGUCAACAAUAGUGAACUUUGGACAUAAUUGUCACAUUUAUUGAUCAAAGUGUUUGAUGUUAUAUUUAAACAAACCUUGCUAUUAAUGUCCAUCUUAGCAAUGUGUUUAAUGUUAAUAAAAUUGUUAAUAGAU